AUGCAAAGCACCCAACAGGUGAAAAGCACAAACAAGCAUAUUAAAACUAAAGUUAAUACAAAAACAUCACUUUUGAAUUUGGAAAAAGCUAUUCAAAUGAGACUCGAAUGUGAAUUUAUUCAAGACAUUAUCAAAAAUUAUUUAACAUUAGAGUCUAUCUCAGUUCAAAAUGAACAAAUAUCACAAAGUAUUUUAUAUUGUGCUUGUUUAUUUGAAAUUUCAAAGGAUUUAACUACACUUUCUAAUACUUAUGAAUAUAUGAAUAGAUAUCUCGAAGAUGAAUAUGAUGCAUUACAAGCUUUGCUUAAAAAUAUUAUGAAUAUGAUUAACUAUAAACAUAUUCUUGAAAUUUGGAAAGUUUUACUAUUUGAUCAUUACAAACAUAGCAGCAAUGCUGUAGAAUGUGAUAAAAAUGAAGAAAUGAAUCAAGUAAUUUUUAUUCGUGGGUCUAAUGCAUAUCAAACUAGUAUUCAUACAAAUAUUACUAAAAAACAAGAAUAUAUACAUAGUUUUGGUAUAGCUAAAUGCAGGUUGAAGUUUAUGACUGUUGAUGUUAACCAAAUUGAAAAUCUGAAAAAAUCAAAGUAUAAAGAACGUCCAAGAUUACAAAAUUCUGCUCAGAAAGGUAGAACAGAUAAAAUCAAUAUUGAGGAUAAGAAUUGUAAAAGUUCUGGAACAAAAGAAAAUUUAGCUCCAAAAAUAGAAGCUCAUUACUGUGAUAAUUGUUAUGAGAUCAGUCAUUAUGUUA